CGUCUACAUUCGUUUUCUACCACAAAAAUUCUACGCGAGAUUCUACGCCGUUUUCUCGCGACCGUGAAACACAUCCACAGUAUAUCGACCAAAAUUAAAUACUCUGGCGAUGGAAGUAUAAAAAAACAGCUAAAGUCAGUGAAUUCGGAACAACGUGAUUGAUAUUUCCGGUGAGCAACAUCGGCGUGUGCACCUCACGAGGCGCACCUUCUCUUCCGGUCUUUCCGUUGGACUUCACCAAAUGAGGGUGUGAAGCACCAUGGAAGCAAAAAAUGUGGCAAACCCUUCGCGGGUUUCAUGGCUCGAGGAAAAGGUAGUCCCAAAAAUUGUCGCAGCACUCGGUAAGACCGGUAGGAGCGUGAGGUGCGAGAUCAGAAUGCUGGGUGACGGCCUCUUCAUCUCAGCUAUCCACAUGAUCGAUCUGAUUUUUCCUUCCCCUCACCUUGGCGAAGAUCGUUCCGAGAUACUGAAAUUCGUGAUGAAGUCUCUCACGGAAAAUGAGAGUAUUCAAGAAUUUCUACAGGUCGAAAAUCUUCUGCUCAACGAGAUCCUAUUUUACGAAAAUUUCGGCAAAAAUUACACCGACUAUCCGAAGUGCGUUCUGACGAUUCGGGAACCGUUGGAGAGAACCGUUCUCGUUUUAGAGAACGUAACUUCGCUGGGGUACGAAUCCUUCGAAUGGAAAAAUGGAGUCGAUAUGAAACGGACCUUGGCAGCGGUCCGUGAACUAGGAAAACUCCACGCCAGAGGAUACGUCCUGAAAGAGAAUAACCCGAAAGAAUUUUUUGAAAUCGUCGAGAAUAUUUAUCCUUGCAAGUUCGACGCUUCGGCAUCGCCUAGACUGAUCUACGCCGUGAACAAUCUCUCGAUGAGGCCGCUGAAUUACCUGAAAUCGGUGAACUACGACCCGCUGUUUUGUGAGAAAAUGUCGGUUUACUUUGAAAAAGCUCACGAGAAAAUAUUCAGAGAUUGCGUGACGCCUAGAAACGAACUCGCGGUUUUCUGCCACGGCGAUAUAACGGCGAACAAUAUACUAUUCCGAGUAAAAAAUGACGGUGAAUUCGACGCGAUGUUGAUCGAUUUCGCUCAAUUUCGUUACUCAUCUCCGGCCAUCGAUACCUCGACCUUCAUUUUCAUGAGCUGCGACGUGAAAUUGAGGCGAGAAUUUCCCAGAAUCUUUAAAGCAUAUCACGACGUGCUUUACGCUCACCUCGUACAGCAAGGGAUUCAAAAUCUCGAGAGGUUCUCGUACGACGCUUUCUUCGACGAUUACAAAAGACACGCGAUUUUCGGAUGUUUGCUCGCUAUUUUUUACAUACCCUACCUACACCUCGACCCGGAGACGACGGAUUUCGCUCACCUCGAAGAGGAUAUCGAGGUCUACGUGAGGGAACUCGGAGCUGCUGGUGGUAAUGAUGUUUCGAAGAAGCUCGCCGAUAUGCUCAUGGAAUUGAAGGCCCAAGGAUGUCUGGAUUACAUUUUAACCGGUUGAUCGUAAUCCUAGACAUCACUUUUCCAAGGAAUUUUCAGUAAAUCGGUCUUUCUAGGCAAACGCAUCUGGUUUGUUCGAAUUAUAAUUUUAGAGAGAAUUGUAAAUAAUUUAAAAAUGAGUUGACGAGUUUAAAAAUAAAUUACUACGUGUAAAAAUGAA